AUGCGAUGUGCUGCCGAAGCAGCAAGAAAGGCGAUUGCACGCAUGCGUGCAGCCGAAGAGAGUUCUUCUCUUGCCUCAGCAGCAGGUGAUCCUUUUCCUGCUGUUGCGAUUCAGCAACAGGCGGUGCCUGCUAUGAACAGUCCACGUGGUGAGUCACUACGUGCGAUAGCUACAUCCGCUGCGUCCGCGGCGGGUGCUGCGACUCUCAAUGUGGAUGAGCCUGAAAUAGAGCGUAUGUAA